AUGUCAAAAGCUAAGGACUCUACCGCUAUCACCGAAGAACAGUCCGAAGACACGAAAAAGGGCACUGCUUCCAGGGAGCAGCAGAAUCCUGGAAAGUCCGAUGUUGGCGGCGGAAUUGGCGCCCUGGACCCCAGAGGCAAGCCAGAUGAGACACCCGAAGCUCUCAAGCAGGCCGAGGAAGCCAUAGGCCAGAUGCCCGAGGUCAAGGCCAAGGCCUGGGAUGCGCCUGAUCUCGGUAUCGAGCAGACUCCUGAAGAGAGGCUGCAACGUGAGCAGGCUGAGCAGGUGGAGGCGAAUAAAAGCAAGGAGCUCGCCAGCGCGCUGGCCUACAACAUUGAUCAGACCCAAGACAAAAUCCGGCCCAUCUGCAAGAUGAUAAACGACAAUAUUAGCACUUCCGAGGCCCAGCUUAGGGAGGAGCAUAGUGAAGAGGAACUUGUCAGGAAAGUCCAGCCUCUGAUUGAGGAGGGCGCUAAGAUCCUAGCGGAUCUCAAUGGUGUUAUCCGAGGUCUUGAUCCCGACGGCCGCAUCCAGAGGAACGCAAAGCAAAAGGCCCCGAUCGGUGAGGCUACUCCUGAGGAGUACCACCUCGCCGAUAAUAUCACUGCUACCAUCGAUAACGCCAGGCACAAGCUCGAGAACAUGCCGCAUGCCAAGAAGGAGCUUAACCCUCUCUGGACUCUUCUUGUAGCACCUCUGUUCCAGAUCAUCACCAGCGUCGGACUCUUGCUCGAUGGUGUGCUUGGCCUGGUCAGCAAGUUGCUGUACGGAGAUGUUAUUAGCUCCUUGACCGGCCAAAAGAAGAAAUAA